CGUGAGGUCUAAGGGCACGAGGGAAGUGGCCGGCGUGGACUGACGUGGGGUGUGCUGGUGAGCUGUCCGGCCGCAGGUCGUGGCCAUGGCUGAGGCCAGGAAGCGGCGGGAACUGCUUCCCCUGAUCUACCAGCAUCUGCUGCAGGCGGGCUUUGUGCGCGCGGCGCGGGAAGUGAAGGAGCAAAGCAGUCAGAAAAGUUUCCCAGCUCAACCUGUAACCCUUCUGGACAUCUAUACGCACUGGCAACAAACCUCAGAGGUUGGCCAGAAGCGGAAGGCAGAGGAAGAUGCAGCACUGCAGGCCAAGAAGAACCGUGUGUCAGAUCCCAUUAGCACCUCGGAGAGCUCAGAGGAGGAGGAAGAGGCAGAGGCUGAAACCACCAAAGCCGCCCCAAGACUAGCAUCUACCAACUCCUCAGUCGUGGGGGCAGUUUUGACAUCCAACAUGAAAGAAAAAGCCAAGGCAAAGAGCAAGACAGUGAACUCCACACCACACCCUGCCUCUGGGAAGGCAGUGGCCCACGCUCCCCCCGGGAAGUCAGCCAAGUCAGCAGGGCCCUCAGCAAAUAUCAUCGUGGUCUCAGAAACUGAGGAGGGCAGCGUCCCGGCCCUUGGAACCACUGCCAAGCCUGGAGUGGCAUCGGCGGGCCAGGUCGACAGCUCCAGCGAGGACACCUCCAGCUUGAGCGAUGAGACAGACGUGGAGGUGAAACCCUCGGUAAAACCACCACAGGUCAAAGCCUCGCCAGCCCCUGCCAAGGAGUCUCCAGGGAAAAGGGCAGCUGCAGCCCCUGGGAAGGCCGGGAAUGUGACACCCCAAGUCAGGGGAGGUGCCCUGACCCCAGCUGACAAGGCCAAGAAGUCAGAAAAGGACUCGGAGAGCAGCGAGGAGGAAUCUGAGAGUGAGGAGGAGGCCCCCGCAGGGAAGCCUGGCCAGGUGAAGGCCUCGGAGAAGCUUGUCCAGGCAAAGUCCUCAGGGAAACCCCCCCAGGUCAAAGCAGUCUCAGCCCCUGCCAAGGGGUCCCCGAGGAAAGGGGUCGUCCCAGCACCCCCUGGCAAGGCAGGGCGGCCGGAGGAGGACUCGGAGAGCAGCAGUGAGGAGUCGGACAGUGAGGGCGAGGCACCGGCUGCGGCACCUGUAACCGCGAACGCGCCUCAGGCGAAGCCCUUGGGAAAAAACUCCCAGGUCAGAAGCACCGCAGCUGUGACCUCUGGGAAGGGCACUGUCGCAGCACCCCCUGGGAAGGCAAGGUCUGCAGCCGCUUUGACCCAGGCGGGGCAUCAGGAGGAGGACUCAGAGAGCAGCAGCGAGGACUCAGACAGCGAGGGGGGUGCCCCAGCAGCUGUGGCCCCAGCCCAGGCAAAGUCCUCGGGGAAAGUUCUCCAGGUCAAAUCUGCCUCAGGCCCUACCAAGGGCCCCCUGCAGAAGGCAGGGCCUGCAGCCCCUCAGGUCAUGGUUGACAGGUCCAAGGAAGACCUGGAGAGCAGCAGUGAGGAGUCGGACAGUGAGGAAGAGGCGUCUGCAGCCGUGACUCCAGCCCAGGCAAAACCGGCUAUGAAAACUAAGGCCACAGCCUCCCCAAGGAAAGGCACCCCCAUCACUCCCGCAUCUGCUAAGGUCCCCCCAGUGCGAGCAGACACUCCAGCCCCCUGGAAAGCGGGAAAAACGAAUUCACCAGCCAGCACAUCAUCCCCAGCUCUGACCAGAGACACCCAGAGGCCAGGGGAGGGCUCUUCCAGCAGCGAGGAGUCAGAGAGUGAGGAGGAGACAGCUCCUGCCGCUGCACGGGGACAGGCAAAGGCUGUGGGGAAAAGCCUCACACCCACCAAGGCUCCCUCAGGACAAGGGAAGGCAAGGCCUUCCAUGGCCCAGGUCCAAGGUGAGACGCACGAAGACUCAGAGAGCAGCGAGGAGGAAUCAGACAGUGAGGAGGCUGCCUCGGCUCCAGCACAGGUGAAGGCCUCGGUGAAAACCCCUCAGACCAAAGUCAACCCAGCUACCACUAAAGUGGCUUCAGCCAAAGGGGCAGCAUCAGCUCCCGGGAAAGUGGUCACUGCAGCUGCUCAAGCCAAACAGGGGUCCCCAGCCAAGGUAAAGCCACCGGCGAGAAACCCCCAGAGCAGUGCUCUCUCCGUGAGGGGCCAGGUGCCCGUGCCAGCUGUGGGGAAGGCCCAGGCCCAGCCAGAGCCAGUCGAGGAGGACUCAGAGAGCAGUGAGGAGGAGUCGGACAGUGAGGGGGAGGCACCUGCUCAGGCAAAGCCCUCAGGGAAGACCACGCAGGUCAGAGCUGCCUCAGCCCCCACAAAGGGGUCCCCCAGGAAAGGGGCUGCCCCAGCAACCCCACAAAAGACAGGAACCAAAGUCCCCCAGGCUAAGAAGCAGAAGAAGGGCUCAGAGAGCAGCAGCGAGGAAGAGUCGGACAGUGAGGAGGAGACACCAGGAGCUGUGACCCCCACCCAGAAGGAGAGUAACUCCAAAACUGCCAAAAGCAAGACCCCGGCCCCAGCGCCCCCGCAGAAGAAUGCCGAGAUGUCCUCAGAAAGCAGUGAGGAGGAGAGGCCGGCGCACCAGGUGAUUAAAACCCCUCUGAUUUUUGAACUUAAUCGUAGUCCAGCUUGCCCAGCUGCUACCCCCACACCAGCCCAGGCUACGAACACUCCAAGGAAGGCCCAGGCCUCGGAGAGCACAGCCAGAAGCUCCUCCUCAGAGAGCGAGGAUGACGAUGUGAUCCCUGCUACGCAGUGCUUGACUCCCGCCAUUAGAACUAGCGUGGUGUCCGUGCCCAAGGCCCAGCCAAGGACAGCCCUCAGAACCAGCGUUGUUGGGGCCAGGAGCAGUGAGUCCAGUCGGGUGACAGAAGGCAAAAAACAGGAAGCACCCGCCACACAGGUGACAAACAGGAACCUGGCUUACCUCCCACUGACCCAGGCUGCCCUGAAGGUCCUUGCUCAGAAAGCCAGUGAGGCCCAGCCUCCUGCUGCUAGGACCCUGUCUUCAAGUGGGAUUGACGGUGCUCUGGGAACACUCCCCGUGGCAAGCCCCCAGGGCACCCCUGUGCAGGCCAGAGUGACCAACAAGCGUAGAAAGCCUGAGGUUCCUGUAGUCCAGCAGGCCACGGCCCCUCCCUCGGGAUGCACGAGAGUCAAGGCUUCUGGGACCUCAGAUGACAGCGACAGCAGCGGCAGCUCUUCAGGGAACGAGGAGGACGCUGAGAGGCCCCAGAUGGCCCCGUUGGCCCACAGGCAGGGUCCAGCACCCUCCAGGAAGGACACCUUGGUGGAAGAGACCACAGCAGAGUCCAGCGACGAUGACGUGGUGUCACCUUCCCAGUCUCUCCUCUCAGGUUAUGUGACCCCUGGACUGACUUCGUCCAAUUCCCAGGCUGCAAAGGCCGCUCCCAAGCCAGACCUCACGUCCUCGGUUUCCUCCCUUCCGGCCACCAAGGAUGCCCCAGAUGGCAAGCGGGCAGUGGAGCCCCAACAAGCAGCCACGAUGUCCCCUAAAACAGGCAGAAGAGAGGCUAGCACCAGUAAAGGGGCUGGGAGUCCCCCAGCCUCAGCACUGGCACUGCAGAGUGACAUCACCCAGCGCCUCCUGAGUGAGCCGUGGCCCGUGAGCGAAGCCCAGGUCCAGGCCACCGUGGUGAAGGUGCUGACAGAGCUGCUGGAACAGGAAAGGAAGAAGGCUAUGCAUGCCGCCAAGGAGAGCAGCAAGAAGGGCCGGGCGGGCCACAAGCGGAAGCUGUCAGGAGACCAGGCAGCUGUCAGGACCCCGAAGAGCAAGAAGAAAAAGAAGCAGCCGGUGGCCGGGGACGGUGGGGAGGGUGCUAUUUCCCCAGGAAAGGCCCCCAGGACUAUCAAGGGGAAAUCUAAGGGAAACACAGCAAGUGGCGACAGCAAGGAGAAGAAGGAGAAGGAAUCUCCUGGCUCCCAAGGGGUCAAGGAGAAGCCAGAAGGGGAGCCAGAAAUGGUGAAGGUUGAGGGUGGAGACCAAGCCAACUCAAAGAGCAAGAAGGAGAAAAAAAAACCUGACAAGAGAAAAAAAGACAAGGACAAAAAGGAAAAGAAGAAGAAAGCCAAAAAGGCCUCAACCAAAGAGCCUGACUCACAGUUCCAGAAGAAAAAGAAGAAAAAGAAAAAGACAGCAGAACAGACCGUCUGAGGGGCAUGCAGCAGCAGAAGAUGGCAGUGUUCGUGCUGGCCGAGCCCGUGAGCCCUGCCAAGGAAGAGAAGGAAGUCCACUCACUGAUCCCGCGCCCACGUCUGUCCUUAACACAGGAUGCUUCGUAUAGAUGUGUACAGUAUAUAUAUAUAUUUUUUUAAGUGACCUGCCCCUCUCUUCUCAGACCUAACAUGCUCAGAAGCCUCAGGACUUUCCACCUCUUUGCCCUGCAGACUGAGGAAGGCCCAGCCUUGUCGCUCCUUCCAUGUCCCUGGUCCCUGACUGACACAGAUUUUUGUCCCCCUUUUGUCAGUUUUUCCCCAUUUUGUGUUUUUGUUGUUGUUUUUUGGUAAGGAUUUAAAAUAAAAAGACUUAAAGGAAAGGUGCACGUUCCCG